AUGGCAGGGCCCGUACGACAACCCAUCGAUCUGGCCUCCUUGGAGCGCUACAUCGACAGCAAUGUUCCCCAGAUCAAGACUCCGCUGGAACUGAAGCAGUUCGGCUUCGGCCAAUCCAAUCCUACGUACCAGAUCACCGAUGCAACAGGCAAAAAAUAUGUCCUGCGCAAGAAGCCCCCGGGGAAGCUACUGUCCAAGACCGCACAUCAGGUAGAUCGGGAAUACAGGAUCAUCAACGCUCUCGGCCAGACCGACGUUCCUGUGCCGAAAGCAUAUGGCCUCUGUGAAGAUGACAGUGUCAUCGGCACCGCGUUUUAUAUCAUGGAAUUCUUGGACGGCCGAAUGAUAACUGAUCCUCAAUUCCCCGACGUCACCCCGCAAGAGAGGACGGAAAUGUGGCGCGACGCCGUGCGAACACUGGCCAAGUUUCACCGAGUCGAUUUCAACAAGGUUGGACUGGGCAAUUUUGGUCGUCACGGAGGCUUCUACGAUCGUCAGUUGAAGACAUUUGGCACAUUACAAAAGGCUCAGGCUGCCACUGAGGACGUCGACACCAAGAUUCCCGUAGGACAAAUACCUCAUUUUGAUGAAGUGGUCGACUUCUUCAAACAAAAGUCCACCCAGCCAAAAGACCGCGCAACCUUGAUUCACGGCGAUUACAAGAUCGACAACCUGGUCUUCCACAAAACCGAACCCCGCGUCAUUGGCAUUCUGGACUGGGAAAUGGCGACCAUCGGGCACCCUCUGUCGGAUUUCGUCAAUCUCACAUCACCCUGGGCCUGGGCGGGGCAAAAGACCGGGUCAGCCGUGGCAGAUAAAUCAAAUGAAUCCUUUGAGCCUGGACGUACCCCCGGGCUUCCCACCUUGGAUCAGGUGGUGCAGUGGUAUGCUCAAGAGUCGGGUUACGAUCCGAGGUCCGAACUCGCCUGGGGCACAGCCUUUGGAGGAUUUAGAGGGGGAAUUAUCAUGCAGGGUAUUGCUGCUAGGUAUGCUCGACGACAAGCCAGUGGCACGACUGCCAAACAAUAUGCUGCCCAGAUGGGCCCCUACGGCGAGUGGACAUAUGGAUUGGUCAAGAAGCUGAAGGAGUCGUCCGAAGGGAAGGCGAAGCUGUAA